AUGUUAACUCCCACGAGUGAAGUGGGGCCAGAGGAUGACUCAGAGCAGUGCAGAGUAGAGAGGCUGCCUGGCAGGGACAGGGAGUGUGGUGGUGGUGGAGAGAGCCUCAGUCUAAUUCAUCAUGCCUGUACUGCACUGUGCUGUGCUGAGUGUGACUGGGCAGCAGAAGGCCUCUAAGUGAAUUAGGAUACUGUUGAAGUCAUGCCAUCGAUCACAGGAAUGCUGUGCCCCGUAAUUCAUUUUCCGUAAGUGUAAUGGUCAUAAUUUUGGAGCACCAGGUUUCACGGGGGAGGGUGGGGAGGGGUUGGGGAAGGGGGUCUUUACUGUAUCCCAGGCGCGUCCUAACAGUGGCCACCCCCCUUCCUCCACCCCACCCCCCCCCUCCCCUGAGCACAGUGACUUGUAAUUUAAUCAAUUAAAGGCUAUAAUAGAUUUAGGGGCAAGAGGAAGUGUAGAUUAUCGGUUUGGAGAUCUGCAGCGAGUUAUUCUUUGGGGUGAUUUAUAAAGAAAAUAGAGUGCGCUCCUUGCUGAGGAUCAUUUAAUAACACAGGGCGAGCAGAGUGAGGACAGCCAAAUUAUGGAUGACACCCCUCCAGCGGUCCAACUCUCACGCUCACUCUCCCUUUUCUCACUCUCUCUCUCUUUCUCUCUUCCCACACACAGUCUGUACUACACACCACACUCUCACAUUCACACACAAGCAAAAGCACUCAUACACUCAAACAUUCACACAGUACUGUAUGACUGAUCUAACAAUGAACGUCUGCAUCCUCAGAUUCCAGGCUUGGGUGGUCCAGUGUCAUGGUGAUAAAAUGAUAAUGCUAGCAUUAUUGAAACAGCUAGGCUUUACACCUCAGAGGGUUGAGAGCAGAGCCUGGCAAUGAGAAGCAGAGAGAGAGAGAGCCUUUCUCCUUUCCCAGGGAGUCAGUCCAAUCAAACAGUGCUCUGAGCACCAGCAUAGGUUUCAGUCUCCACAGAGCAGCCUGCCCGAAUUAAGGAUUCCACUUUAUUGAAGGGUAGAAAAUGACAGUUCUGCCCUUGGAUAUGUGAUUCUGGGGGAUAAAAGGGAAUGGUAAUGUAACCUGCUCAGGGUUGCCCAGCGCCUCAUCAGUAAUAGAUGUUUAAAUAAUUAGAAAGUACAAACAAAUAAGGAAGAAGCAAGGGGAGAGCAGAGUGACGGCCUUCACUGAAUCAAUGAGGGACUGGCAUGUUUCAACUGACUCACCCCGUUACAGCAGCCAGCCAGUUGGCUCCAAAAUGUAGAUGUACUCUGUCUGUACCCAGGUCUGGUUUAAUGAGUCUCCUCCACCAUCCACCACCUUCAGAUGUUGCCCUGCCUGCCUCUUCUUUUGAUAGAUCUGUCUCUUCUCUCUCGUCCUGCUGUCUCUCUAGUUCCACUGUCUUAGGCUGGAGGCUAGCCCCUCCACCGCUCGCCUCUUCAAUUCCGCCACCAGCCUGUGUCUAUCGGCCUUAUUGAUCUCGGAUUAUGGUAUCUGUGUAAAUAGAAGGAGAAAAUCACAAAUCGAUAGCAGACUGUUCCUAAAGCUUCCAAUUCAGCCAGCUGCGGGCAGUGGGAUCGCUGGAGCUUGGUCUUGUUGUGACCCUUGAUGAUACCAUGAUGAUACCCUGAUGAUACCAUGAUGAUAACAUGAUGAUACCAUGGUGAUACCAUAAUGAUACCAUGAUGAUAACAUGAUGAUACCAUGGUGAUACCAUGAUGAUACCAUGAUGAUACCAUGAUGAUACCAUGAUGAUAACAUGAUGAUAACAUGGUGAUACCAUGAUGAUACCAUGAUGAUACCAUGAUGAUAACAUGAUGAUAACAUGGUGAUACCAUGAUGAUAUCAUGAUGAUACCAUGAUGAUACCAUGGGAGAUAUUUUCUGCUCCCUUUCCCAUUGUAUCUUCUUUUCUGCUAAUGACAAGUGAGUACAAGCUGUGUGUGUGUUUGUGUGUGUGUGUGUGUGUGUGUGUGUAUACAUGUGUGUGUUUGUGUGUGUGUGUCUGGGUGUGUGUGUGGGUGUGUGUGUGUGUGCGUGCGUGCACGCGUGCUAGAGAGAGAGAGAGAGAGAGAGAGAGAGAGAGAGAGAGAGAUAUAAUAUCCCUCUCUUUUUAUCUCCACAUUGCACUGGCCUGGAAAAUUGCUUCAUUACUAAACAUUGAAUAUUUAUGGUGUAAACAGUUCUAAAUAUCAUAACUUUACUUAUUUAUUAGGUUUUUAAUGAAUGCUCCAAGUCGUUUGGUUGGUGUAAUGACUACAUCAGGAUUCUGUCUGGGUCUGUCUGGCAGCGUCUUGUUCAAAGAGCUGUACAUAACUGUAGAUAAUCUGAAAAUGUGACCGGAUGGAAUGAUACUGUAGAGCUUUCCCCACUCUUUAGACCUCACUGUGAAUCCAUGCCUUGACACAACAGCUCCUAAGAACCUAGAAGACUCCAAUCAAUUAGCUGGCAUAAAUGGUUAAAUAUAUGCACUGGAACUGUGUGUGAACUGUGUGAGUUAGAAGAUGUUGGUUUUAGAGUAUACUCCUAUCCCACUCCCAAUGGGCCUCGUGUGGAGCCUGGGAUGACUGUCUUUCUCCCUCCACUCCCAGUCUGUCAGACUGGCUCCUUCCAUACAAUUUGUUUUGGGAUGAGGAUGAAAACCCAUUAAUUAUGAAUGCCAUUACUUUGUUUCCAGAUUAAUAGUGCCACGUUUGGUAUUCAAAUGUAAAUGUAUGAGAUGCAUUGUGUGGCCCUUUGUUCUUAACCUCCAUGAUUAAAACACAUCGUAGUGCAUUGUUUGCAUUAGCAACGUAUGCAACUGUUGUUGUUUUUCAGCUCUGUUCUUUGUCAAUAGCCUUCAUGUGAACCGGUUAGAAAACGAUCACAGCGUGAUUCUAUGAAUUAUUAUUUUCCCCCUGCCUGCCAUGGAAUAUCAUCCCUCUGGAUGGAACAGCCAUUUCCAUGGACAGAAGACAAUGUUCUAAAUGUCUUUAUUGUCUGCUGUGAGAAAGGCAGCUCAGCACUGAGAGGAGAGAGACAGGUUAAAGAGGAUAGGACGGUGUUCUGAGAGCAGAGCCUGUUAGCAGGUCAGAGGUUAGCGGGGUAGACUGAGGUGAACACGCUGAAAGCAGACAGCAGCCAUUGUUCUGAAGACUCCCGCCCCUUAUUUUCCCACAUGAUUCUAUCAUCUGUCAGCCCAGGCUCACCUCCAUCAAGUGGAAGAAAGGAAAUUAAGUGACCUUACCCCGCUGCCGUUCUUCACUCUCUGAAAUAGAACAUUAGAGCUUCCCUUUUAUGAAGUAUUUGCAUGCACAAGCACCACUUGGAGAGGCUGAGUGAUGAAAGAAAGAAUGUCUCCUAGAGGUCUAUUUUAAACACUUGAAUGGGACCUAGGAUAGUAAUUACAUCUCUUCUUCCAGAGAAUGAGUUGUACAACACUGAGGUAUUGGGAAAAGCCACAGUAAUUCUGAAUGUAGAAAAAGAGGGCAAUCUUAUAACUAUUCCUUUAAUAAUUGAUUGUAAACAAUUACGUACAAUCGAGACUAGUACUCCAUCGAUCUGUCAAUGGCUGCCUUAUCAUUUCAGGUAUGUGUUAUCUCAGUGUUGUGUGUAUAUGGAUGGUUAUUUACUGUUGGCUUGUUCUAGUGCUGGCUCUGUUUGUGCUGACACCAUUCUCAGCAAAUGAAGGAGAGAUCACACAGACAGACAGGCGGUGUUGCUGUGCUGGCCCAGACAAACAAACAGACAGACAGUGGUGCUGUGCUGGCCCAGCUCCCAAGAGCCUCUUGGGCUUGGCCUUGGACGUGUGAGCAGAGCAAGGACAAGAUGCCAUGUGUGCUACUGCUGUGCCAUCCUACUGGCAGCGGGCAGCGGCGGGCACUGCCAGGGCAGGCCAUAGGAGCACCAUGCCACACUACAUUAUCCACAGGGUAUUGGCCUCUUCCUCUAUAUUUAAUAAUUAACCUGAAAUGGCUGUGAGCCUCAGAGUUCACUGGUCCUACUCUCUCCAGCUCUGUACUGUAAUCCAUCUUUGGAACCAAACGGCCACUAGGCAAGCCCUGGGGGCAGGGGAACUAGCAACUCCUCUAAGGACCUGACCUGGCUCAGACAAGCUGGACAUGUUAGCAAAAGGCUAUUGGUCCAUGGCACAGGAUUUGGGUUAAGUGUGGUAAUUUAACACAUGGCUCUUUUUCACUGCAGAGUUUAGUGCCACCGCUAUGUCCCCGAGCUGAUCUCCAAGCUGUCUUGGUCAUGCGGCCAUAUGCCCCCUCACCCUGUCAGAGAAAAAUACAGUCAUCAAUGGGAUGUUGACAGAAAAGACCCCCAUCAUUACCCAUCAUGUUUAAUUUCCGCGGUCCUGUCCAGUGUAUCUCCGGUCCUAUCAUAUAACCAGGCUUUAGGCUGUAGUGGAUGCUGUGUCUUUAGAGGGCUUCAGUAGUGUAGUGUGGUUUUUAUUGUGUUAUAAAGCUCAGGCCUUUGAGGAUCCAAUAGCUGAACCAGUAGCGUGACAGAGAAAGUUGAAAGAGUGUGGAAGAAUAAGUACGUAGGUGGUGAGAAAUCAAACUGCCUCCUAAAGGCAUUUAUUGUCAACCGCUAGAGUUGUUACUUUCUCCAGCAGUAAAGUACAGUACGCCCCUGCAACAUCUUUUGCUAAUAUAGUGUUGACACUUUCAGUAGGGAGAAUAAAUUGCUUAUAAUAAAGCAUGAUGUCAAUUUCCUUUGUUCUGCAGUUAUCUGUUGUGUUUAAUAAAAGGGGAAGGGUUUAUUUUUACUCGGAUGUCAGAUACAUUAUUCUCUGAAUAACAUUUUUCCCUAUUACAACACGAAGAGAGAGAGAGAGAGAGGCAGAGAGGGAGAGAGAGAGAGAGAGAGAGGGAGAGCGAGAGAGAGAGAGAGAGAGAGAGAGAGAGAGAGAGAGAGAGAGAGAGAGGGAGAGCGAGAGAGAGAGAAAGAGAGAGAUAGUGCUUGUGCGUGCAUGUGUGUGUUAAUAUGUUUAAAGUAUAUUAGUGAGCCUCUGUUUACUAGUCAUUACAGUGGUUUGCAUGUUGUGACUGGAUGUGUGUGUUGGUGGAGUCAGCCUGGUUUAUGCUGCUCUGCCUGCAUCUCAGGCCUGGAUGGAUGGAGAGAGGGAUAGAGAGAGGCAGAUGGUGCUGUGUGAUUGAUGGGGCUGUCUCCUGCUGUCUGCAGGCUGUGUGGAUCUGGGAGUCAUGUCAAUGACAGGUGGACUCAUCUCGUCCAACUCUGUGUCGCCGCUGAGAGAGCCAGUGCCGCGGCGGAGUACUGAGCAGAGAGAGCAUGAGGCCGGGUGUGUGGCUGGCGCUGAACAUGAGGCAGAGCACAAGGCUGCUCUUAGCAAAACGAUGACACAAAAGAAAGCUGCGUCACAGCGCAUCAGUGCAUUACUCACUCACUCCAGUGGAAUGAGAUCAGUCUAGGGUCACAGAGGGCUAGGUAGAGCUGCUGGAAUAUGAGGCUGGAUGAGAACAGCUAAAGUAAAGCUUUAUCUAUCACACAGUCGAUAUUUAUGUAUAAAAUAUCUUGCCUUCUUUUUCUCUAAAUGUUUUUCUUUAUAUUUUCCCUCUCUCUCUCUCUCUCUCUCUCUCUCUCUCUCUCUCUCUCUCUCUCUCUCUCUCUCUCUCUCUCUCUCUCUCUCCUACCCAGCAUCCCUGUGGCCACGUCUCGGACCAGUGACCCGGGCCACUCCAGCGGUGCCUCGGGCAGCUCCAGCGAAUCAGAGAGCAGCUCCGAGUCAGACUCAGAUAGUGAGAGCAGCUCCAGUGACAGCGAGUGUAACGGGGCCUCCCGGACCGCCACCCCAGAGGUACAGCACAAUCACUCCUUACUGUACUGUACCAACCAGGCAUAGUCAGAAUAAAACUAACUGUGCUAUCAACCAAUACUCAACCAGUGUUAUGCCAUAGAGGGAAACAUGUACCCUAUUAUUUUAGGCUACAGAAAGACACUAUAUUACACUAAUACCAUCGUAUAUCACUAAUACAACAUUUUGAUCGAGGGGAGAAAACUUCCCAUCUACUCUAAUAUUACUAUCAUUUUGAUAGGAUUAAACUAGCAGACUUUCUUGUUUUAGGAAAAAGUGAUAGUAACUUUCCCUCUUUCCCAGUUGUUGCAGUUGAUGGUAGUAAAGAGACCUAGAGACUUGCAUGACAGCUAAAGCAGCUAAAGCGCCAGGCACAGUUGUAUUCCACAGAGGGGCACUCUGUUUGACCCGGGUAAAUACUUACCACAGUGCAUCUGGGUGCCCUCUACAGACCAUGUGACUUCCUGUCCACCAGGGAACAGCCAAUGGGAACAGCCAGGAGGACCAGGAAACGGCCCUGUCUGUCUUUAGGGAUGUCUCAUUCCCUCUCAAAGUGCACUCUACUGAUGUUUUGAUAAAAACCUCCAGGAGGGCCCAGGAGUUUUCCAGCAGCCAUGUUAGAUUGUUAAUGUAUUAUUGCUGCAGGUCCUUUUAACUCCAAAAGUCCCCCUGCCCAGAACAGCUUAAAUCCACCACCCCAACUGAUGGAAUGUAAAGGCUGGGGCUUUCAGAGAUGAAAUAGUGUGUAAGAUUAAAUUUUAUGAAUGCUUGCAUCAGACUGGAAAGUGUGUGUGUUAGCCCCGGCUUUACACUCAAUGGUUUUAAUGCUUCAUUCCUUAGUCAAUUCAUUUCCAGCACUUCCUUUCCGAAUGAUUUGCUAUCAUUUAGGAGAUCAUUCAAGACAGUCUUUAUGAUUUCAUAUGAAAGAUUUAUACUUGUCUAGGGGCAUAAUGGUAGAAAACAAACGAUGUGAGAUAGCAUGGUUGAUGAAAACAUGGCACUCAGAGACUGCUGAAUGGCGCAAGGACAAUAUGGGAGAGCACUACUCAGUCAUUCAUGAGUUUAUGAGAGUCUAUUUUAAUGGCCGCUUCAUCACAAAAUGUUCUCAUUGGUUUGCGGGUGUCAUAAUAUAACUCUGAAGAGACAAUUGAAUUAUCACAUUUUACUUUCAUGAGUCAACACAGUGUUUUCUGAAGCUAUGUAGUCUACUAUCAAACCAAACGUGGAUCUAAAUGUAUAUUCUUUGUCCUUUCUGAUUUUCUUCUCCCACAGCCUGAACCUCCAUCAACAAACAAAUGGCAGCUGGAUAAGUGGCUGAACAAAGUAACCCCACACAACAAAGCACUUAUCAAUACCCAGCCAGAGAGAGAGAGCCAUGGGCUCAGCAGCUCCCAACCUGAACACAGCCAACAGGCCCCUGAGGCCCCAGGGAAGAGCAAGCCUGGCCCCACCGCCCUGCUGGCCCUGACCGACCCCAAAGAACGGGCCCUCCUCAGCCCCAUCCGAGAGAAGGCCAAGCCUAAGACUGGACCAAAGGUCUCAGAGGGCAAGAGUUCAAAGGUCAAAUCCCCAGCCGCGGUGGCGGUGGAGCCGGCCCCAGCCAGGCGCAGCUUGGGGAAGAAACAGCCGAAGAAAGUAGAUCGCUCAUCCAACCUGGAGGAACACACCUCCUGGUCCAAGCCCAUCAACCCCACCAUCAGCACUACACCCAAGGAGAAGGACCCUCCGCCCCUCCUGGAGCCACCCAAGUCCAGGACCAAGAGCACCAGUGGGAAGACUGCCCCUAGGAAGGAGCCUCGCACCACCACUACCACUACAAUUACUCCAGCUCCUCCUCCGCCAGCCCCAGUCCUGGACAAGAAGAAGCACAGGGGGCCCAGCAAGAUCAUCCCCAAGUCCAAGGAGUUCAUCGAGACGGAAUCUUCGUCGUCUGAGUGCCACUCUGAACCAGAGGAGCUGGUCAAGAUCCAUAACCCUCCCUGUCCAGGACCCAGCAGUCUGCAGACUCUCAAAGCAGCCAAGGACUGCAACAGUAAUAUCCUGAGUGUCAGUAACCUUACCAGCACCUGCAGCACUUCCAUAUCCAUCCCAGACCCUGGGGCCGCGGACCUCCUAGGGGACCCCCUCUUCUCCCCCGUCCCCAUCGUCCAGAACGAACUGCUGUCCCCUCUCAGGGACUUUGAGGACAUCAAGUCACUGUGGGUGAAGAUCGAGCUGAGCUUCCUGUCUAGGAUUCCAGGGCAGGACCCCCCUGAGCCCCCUCCUGUGAAAGUUGAGCCACGGGAACCACAUGAACCCAGCACCAAGCACAGACGACAGUCCCCCGCCAGUCUUCAGUCUACCCCUGUUGAGAAACCACCUAGCAAGGCCAAGAGGAAACACAAGGCAAGUGCAGAAUCUUUCUCACUCUUUUUUCUCUAUUAGUACUGGCUGGUAUUGGUUUAUAGGAUAAUGGUUAGAGUGUGUCGAUGGAGGAGCAGUGAGAAAUGUGCUAGAAGUAUGUUCAAUGCUGACUGAGCUGUUUGUUUGUGUGUUCCUCAGACAGACCAUUGUGAUGCUGUCGGCGGAAGCAAGAAGUUACGGUUGGGGAAAGACCCCAUGCUUCUUCCCCCAUGCAUUUCACCAAUACACAACCACAAGAACAUUAGCACAAAAGUGUAAGUGUCGCCGAACCACUCACAGCGCAGUACUUACUUACACAUCACUAUGGUUACUGGAUGAGAAAAGGAAUGUGUAGAGCAUCCUGUUAUGUAAGUGUUUAGAGAGAUGUACACAGUCAUUAUGGGUGUCCGCAGUGCAGUGGAGGAAAAAGUACACAAUUGUCAUACUUGAGUAAAAGUAAAGAUACGUUAAUUGAAAAUGACUCAAGUAAAAGUGAAAGUCACCCAGUAAAAUACUACUUAAGUCUAAAAGUAUUUGGUUUUAAAUAUACUUAAGUAAAAGUAAACGUAUAAAUAAUUUCAAAUUGCUUAUAUUAAGCAAAACCAAAAGCCCAAUUGUCUUGUUUUUUAUUAUUAUUUACGGAUAGCCAGGGGCACACUCCAACACUCAGACAUAAUUUACAAAUGAAGCAUUUGUGUUUAGUCAGUCCACCAGAUCAGAGGCAGUAGUGAUGACCAGGGAUGUUCUCUUGAUAAGUUUGUGAAUUGGACCAUUUUCCUGCUCUGCUAAGAACUCAAAAUGUAACGAGUACUUUUGGGUGUCAGGGAAAAUUUAUGGAGUAAAAAGUACAUUAUUUUCUUUAGGCAUGUAGUGAAGUAAAAGUAAAUGUAGUCAAAAAUAUAAAUAGUAAAAUAAAGUACAGAGAAAUGUGCUAGAAGUAGUAGUACUUUAAAGUAUUUUAACUUAAGUGCUUUACACCACUGCCGCAGUGUAAUUACAGGCUGUUAUAUUUCCUAGGUGUGUGGUAGUACUGUAUGUGUUGUGAAUGGCUACGUCCUCAGUCAAGGUCCAACCAGUGUAGAUCCUCCUCAGAGAGCAGGCUGGGACAUACAGGAGAAUUAAGGUUGCUCCCCUACACAUUUAUCUUUAGCUAUUGCUAGCUCUCUCUGCAGUGUCCUGUGUCCUACAGCAUUAAGGUAACGUGACACUGACAAGAGAGCCAAUGCUAAUUUUAGAUAUUCAAUUAGUGCUGCAGAGACCUACUGCUCGACAAAGGGACGCUGGUGACAAGGGUCGAGGGGGUCGAGCGGUGUGAGUCCGGAGGACGGAGUGUCCACUGAGCUUCACCACUAAUCACUACACAUAUCUUUAAUAUGAUUACCUGCGCUAUGAUAUAUAAGCUGGCACGGGUAUCUAGUGCAGAAAUGCUGAACCCUUUGAUCUGGGCUGAAAUAUGACCUGCUUAGUAGCCUUUAAAUCAGCCGAAUUUAGACAGCCUCAAAGCAAAUCUUCACCCUUUUAAUCAGAUUGGCCUGAAAAUGAGCAGAACCCCGGUUGGUCCAUUUAUGGCAUUAAUAAAAAGCAUCUUUACUCAGAUUGGAGAGUAAAGAUGUUUUUUAUUAAUGCUGUAAAUGGACCAACCGGGGUUCUGCUCAUUUUCAGGCCUAUAAAACAAGACAAAAUAUGCCGCUGUUCAAAAAUAACCUGAGCAACAUAAUCCUAAUUAGGUUUUCUGACUGCGUUUUCCCUGUUAGUGCUUUAGGCACUCUUGCGCUAGCUAAGCAUUUUUUUCUCGUAUAUCAAAUCCCCAUGAGUUUAGGGAAAAGGGGGCAAAAUAAUCUAUUGUUGCAAACAAUGUGAAAAAUAUAGUAGCAGCGGGAGGCGCGGUUUCUCGCUACUACUGUACGUCCUUGGUGGUUUUUAAAGUCCUUAUUGACUUUGAGGAAGGGAAAGUAUUCAAGGCAACUUCUCCACCUGCCUCUUAUCUGUUAACAUAGAGAACACUAUUGUUAACAGAAGCCCCAUGUGGGCACACACAGCUAUACCGAGAGAACCCACAUGGAUAAAGAAUGCAGUCUGCUUUGUUCCCCUGUGAGGGGCCAGGCUCCUGGAGCAGGAGCAGAUAUUAGAAGGACUGUAAAUCUAAGCAAAAGUGCUUUCUGUCAUAACAAACUGCCGUUCCACUGCCUGAUCAAUCAAUAUGUUGACCUGUCAGUGCACUACAGGGCUAUUUGUAGGCCUACUUCUGGGCUGCGUCCAUAGAGGGUCAGAGGCACUGGAAUAAACAAUUCUAUGGUUUUAUACUUUCUUUUUUUACCCAGAAAAUGAUAUGUUGAAGUUAUAUUAAAUAUCAUUGAUAUACUCAUGUACUGUUUUUAUUGUAAUUGAAGUCUCCAAAAUGCAUUACCAUCAUACCCAGCGAGUGGGGCGGCAUGUGGCUUAGUGGGUAAGAGCGUUGUGCCAGUAACCGAAAGGUCACUGGUUCUAAUCCCCCAGGCGACUAGGCAAAUCUGUCGAUGUGCCCUUAAGCAAGGCACUUAACCCUAAUUGCUCUGGAUAAGAGCGUCUGCUAAAUGACAAAAAAUAUAUAUAUAAUAAUAAAUUAAACCCAGCUGAUAGUGAGAAGUACAGACUCUAUGCCUUAGUGCUAAUGUUGUGUUUGAUUUAGUCUUAUAAUAAAAGCAGUAAUAAUCACUCAUUCUAACAAACAGAAUAUUCUGUCUAAGGCCAGCUUCUUUCUUUGAGCCCUGUACAUACUGUCUGUACUUCUCAAUUUUUCUACCACUACGAUGACAUAAGACAUGAGAUUUGCUGGCAUUUCAAAGGCUGGGAGAACUUGCCGUCCCUCUCCAGUAUUGUAGUGAAUAACAUGGAAUAACAGCAACAGAGAGAGAGCAGGCCAAGCAAUGUUCUUAUUUUAUGUCCGUUUUCGGUAACACUUUAUUUAAAGAGUGCCUACAUACGGAUGUAGGCACUCUGCAUUUCAUAAAUGUUCCUGUAUGUGUCUUUGCCCAGCUCUCUGAGGAAACAGCCCAGGAAGAGAGAGGAGAAGCGAGAGCUGCUGCCUCCCCUGCUUUCUCCACUCUCCGACGAACCCCCUGUCCGCCAGCGCAGGACCAGCGAGUGUUCCUCCGUCAGCCAGGAGGGCGGCGCUAGCAGCGCCACCAGCAACUUAUUACUACCCACCCUCAGCUGCUCUCUGCCCCCCUUCUCCUCCUCCUCCUCCUCCUCUUCCUCACACAAACACCGCAGCAAAGGAGAGAGCAAAUCCUUCUCACAUUCCAAGACAAGCAGUGUAAGUAGGGGCAAGUAGGUCAAUGGCAUAUUAUGAUGAAACUAGCAAAAAUGUAUAUUGUUGUUGUUCUUGGGCAUUAUUAUACAGUAUUGUAAAAUAUUAUUUAAAACUGUCGUAUUGCUAUCAUAAAUUUUUUGGUUUAUUGGUUUUUUGGAUGGUUUAUUAUUUUAAAGUAUGAUACUUUUGCAUUCACUCUUGUUUGCUAAGAGAAUUUGUCUUCUAAAAUGUGUUGUGUAGAGAAGUUGGUAGAUGGGGCUGUUGCUGCAGAUUAUUUCUCUGCUCCAGCUUCUACCACUAUUUCCUGUGUUUUUGCUAAUCUAAUUACCCUUUCGAGGGAUUUCAAAACAGCCUUGAAGAGAGGAAAAUGGAUCCCAUGUGCUGAAUAUGUUUAAAGCCAGGACAUAAAUACACAGCCACAACGUAGUAACAGCAGUCCAAAUCACCAGGAUGAGUCAUUACAGUAUUAUUAGACUUACUGCUGGCCGCUAAUUAGCAUAUUAAUUGGCCCUGCCAUCUCACAGGAGGAAGAUACCCAUAGCAAGCCGUCUGGCAGUUUCCAUGGCAACGGUCAGUCCGAUUCCGACGUUUGGUCCAACCCGUCAUCUCUGUCCAUGGACCACAUGGAGCCCAGGAGGCCCAAACUAAUGUUCAAUAACACGUAUGUAUGAAUAUCUGACUAACUUCUCCAAACACUCCAAAUACACCCUUUUUUUUUUUUUCCGAUGCACAGCCAGAUUUUAAUGUCAUGAUGCAUGUACUAAUUUAAGUCUUUAACAUGAUUAAAAUGGCACAGAAUGUUGAAGCAUUUGUGGGAUGUGAUUACAGAGUUGAGUUCCUCUAUGUGGAUAAUUCAAAAUGAAACAGAUUUUAUUUGUGGAGGACAACUACAACAUGAACAACUGCAAUCCAGGCAGUUACAGCACAGUUAGUCAGAGGCAAACACAUGUUUCUGUCACUGAUCUGUUUGUAUUUCUAACAUACUGUAAGACUAACCAAAGUCUCACUGUAUUUGUUACCCACAGAGUUCACAAUGCAGACUACUACAUGCAAGAAGCCAAGAAACUAAAGCACAAAGCAGAUGCACUGGUAAGCUUCUGCUUUAUUACAGUUUAAAACAGCACCUGAAAAUGUAUUAAAAACAUUUAAUUCAACAGUUACUUUGGUAGACAUAUAUUACACAAAUUAAAUUGUUCUUCCUCCUUAGAUUGUAUUUUGUCUGAGCCAGGCAAUAAACACACUCUGUUUUAGUCAGUCACAUGACAUCACAAAUAUGAAUAGCAACAGAGACCAGUGCGAUAAUACCAUUAUCAAAUACAUGCCAACAUGCCAUUGGCAAGCAGCAGCUCUUACUGAGCCAAUUAGAGAAUAAGUAUUCCUGCUGCAUAGCUCUUUAUAACAGACAGACACUGGUCUUAGCUGAAGAACGCUAGUAGGUGUGCAGAGGAUAGAGUAGAGCCCUUGUUGAGACCUGUAGUCUUUUCUAAGUGAGGCUGUGUGAUCUGUCACAAAAGGAGCUCUUACACACCUCUUCAAUAUCCUCAAAGAGGGGCUUGGGCCCAGGCGGCGGGCGUGAUUUACCAACACACUCAUAGGGUCCUAAUAAUUGGAUUCCAGCAAUUAUCUCACCAGGCAUUGUCCUUUAUCGGAAGUUACAUCCAUUUGGGCAUAAAUCUGAUCUGCGAGGUAAAGCCAGCCAUGAAUACAAAGUGAAGGGAAUUGAUUGCCCUUGUUACAUGACUGUAAUCGUUGAGCUGUAAUGAAUCUUCCACCAGCCCGGUCGGUAUGUGGCAAAAGGGGCUUACUUGAAAUGGAUAGAACCUGCUUGAGAGGUGCUUUCAGUGGAGAGUGGUGUGUAAAUCUAUUUUAUUUUACACUCGUGCGUUUAUGAGUCAUAUGCCUAUUUUUGUCGUCUGCACUUUGGGUUUGUAUUUUGGCUCUGUGUGCAUAUUUUUUAUAUUUUUUGGGUUUCCAGAAAAUAGAAAAAGAUCAAAAGAAUGUUCCCCGAACGUUAAUGUGACAUUGUUAUUUUUCCUUCUGAUUAAAUCUGCUUAUUAUCUGUUUUCACAAGAGCUUUGAAGCUUUGGAAAAUGAUUCAGUAUGAGGAGAAUAAUUUGUGGCCGUGCAGUGUUGGGAAUCUAAUGCUGAUCUUAUUCGAUGUCUCCAUUGUUUCUUCACAGAUGGAGAAGUUUGGCAAAGCCGUUAACUACGCUGAUGGGGCGCUGUCGUUCAUCGAGUGUGGCAACGCCAUGGAGCGGGACCCGCUGGAGGCCAAGUCUCCAUACACUAUGUACUCUGAGACAGUUGAACUCAUCAGGUCUGUGUCCCCACCAAUGUGUCCCUCCCUCCCUCCCACCCCCCCUCAGGCCAGGUAUCCCCACCUGCCCUCAGUGAAAAUGAGCAUCAUUAUGACCAGCGCUAAUCCAGUCUACCCCACAAGUCAAGGCAAUUAGCGGCCCUUAUUUUAUUAAUGGCAGUGAAAAUGAAAAUAGAUGGACCUUGUAGCUCAUCAUACUACCCAGGGAUUCAUGCAUGGCUGAUUGAAAUCUUUUCUUCAAAAACUAUUAGACACAGAAAAUGACACAAGGCCAGUCGUUCUAUGGAACGUCCCCUGGCUUUAUGGAUAUUGAGUCAUGCUCUCUUUUUGUUAUUUGAAUUAAUGAAUUCUGAAAAGGAAGAAAAUGUUAAUGUGAUCUAUGUUUUUGUCUGUUCUGCUUUUGAAGGUAUGCCAUGAGGUUAAAGAACUUUACAAGUCACUCAGCAACUGUAGCCGAGAAGAAAUUAGCUGUUUUGUGGUGAGUUUUCCCUUCGCUCUGCUGUGUCCGGAUGUGAAACCUCUGUGUGUGUGUCUGUGUGUGUGUGUGUGUUUGUGUGUAUGCGUCUGAUGACUGAAUGGUGGUUGAAGGAGACCUAACAUUGCACUGAUGGAUGUGAUGAUGGACUAGAAGCCCUAGCCUGUGUGGGCAUUUGUGUUGAUUUCAGAAAAUCCAGCCGGCUUCCAAACCCGUUAGAUGCUCAAUCCGCCGAUUCGCUCAAACACAAUUUAAAUCUCCACUUCAGCCAUCACUCCCCGACAAUCGGAUGGAUAUUGAAGGGAGCUUUAAAACACUGCUAAAGCACUUAAUCAGCUUAAAGUGGAUCAUUAUUCUUGUAUUUCAUUAAGCUAUUAAGGGAUAAUGAAAGAUUUCCUGGCGGCAGGCUGCAGCCUAUAAACAUAUACAGUACGACACACUGCUACAGGGGAGAUGAAGGGAAACUAUAUGCUGCCUGUCAUAUGGACUGUAUAAUGUGAGCAGAAUGUUAUGGUUAGAAUGUUAUGGUUAGAAUGUUAUGGUUAGAAUGUUAUGGUUAGACACUCAGUCUUAGCAGUGUAGACAGUGAUGAGCGUAGAAGUGAGAUUCCCAGGUCAUAUUUCCUGUGUUAGUACACCGUUCAGACAUCAUUAGGGAUUAUAUUCAAAUAUUUGACACUGGCUGACAUGAUCCAUCUGUUUAUAAUCUGUUUUAGAGGGCAAAGUAUGUGUGUGUGUGUGCGUGUGCAUGCGUAUGUGCGUGUGUGCACACGUGCGUGUACGUACUGUACAUGCUGAUGUGGUUUAGAUUAGGCGAAACAAGGAAGCAGUGUACUGCAGUGAUGACUUAUUAAUGCCUGAGUGUUAGUGUCAUGUCAUGGGGUGGUGCAUAUGUCCAAAGCAUCUGGUGUCUGGCGAGCAGCACACUGUUGAAAGGUCAGCCACCCCAUGGCACUGAGGCUGGAUCUCCAGACCAAAGGUCCCUGGCAGGGAAGCUACUGGAAUCUGAUUACUAGGCUGCAGCCUCUGUUUUCUAGCCUUUAAUUUCAAGCAAUUAGAGAGAUAGAGUUCGAUAACAACACGAUUAUUUAGUCAUGCAUCGUGGAUAUGCAAAGUUAAUGAGUUAGAAAACACUUUUUCCUUAUUUUAUUAUUUUCUCACUUGUGUUGAAUGCUUAAUGUUCAUAAGUAAUACAUAGAUAUGUAAUGUUGUCAAUGCAAGGUAUACGGUAUUAGAUCCUGUAUUUAAUGUUAUGUUAUUAUUUUCUUAUCUCCGUAGCAAUCGUUGUUUAUCCCUCCUGUACUUGAGAAUGUUCAAAUUGAAGAAGGACCAUGCAGUAAAGUAUUCCCGUUCCCUAAUGGAGUAUUUCAAGGUAACUAGCGCUAACUUCUAAUUCUAACAUCUAUGAAUAAAAGAGGGGAUAGUAGUAAACACGUAAAGCCAAUUAAGAUUUCUAGAUGUAAUAUAUAUUUAUGUUGAGUUGUGUAUACUCUAUUAGUUUUGUAUGUAGGUUAUUAAAAGCCAUACAAAUAUUUGCAGUUAGUGUGCAAAUUAACUCUAUCAAUGAUCUACAUUGAUUGGUAAUGCUUAAGCCUGUUUGAUUUAACUAUGUUACAUAUUAUUCUAGAGGAGCUUUUUGAGUUGCAUUAAUAGAUUUUCUAAGCUAUGCAAUAUGUUUGCAUAGUAGAGCUGCAAAAUGUCAUGUUCUCACAAACCUCUUCCAUUCCAGAAAAGUCCCCAAGCACCUUCGCCAUGGGGAGCCAAUGGAAAGUGAGUAACAUUUCACCUCAUUCAUCUCAUGUUGCAUCACAAUCCUUUCUUUAUAUGAGAUCUCUCCCAGAACAGAACAAUGUAUGUGCCUACUCCUGGCCAAGCAACAAGCUAAUCCUCUCAGAUGGUGACUGCUUUGUUCAGACAAAGGCCACGACAGACAGAGCCUCUGUCACUGUGACUUCCAGCUUCUAGCACAUCACACUGAUGGGAUGAGAUGAGCUCACUGCUUCACUGUUCUUCUGGAUGCUCCAUGGCAACUGAACCUAGCUGAUCAACCCUGUGCGUUUGGGUUUGGGUUCGUAGCUUACCGUGUUGCUACCGUGGGGCUCGUCAGUGUGUCUGGGAGUUGGCGGUGAGCCAUCCUCUGUGUGUGAUUGUGAGCUCCUUGAGCCUGUCUGUUCCAGGGCUGGGAUCUAGCCCUCAGCCACAGCGCUGACCGGCCCUGCUGUUCUGCUGUGAGAGGAGCUGUCAGAAGCAAUUAGCCUCAGAUCCUACUGGCUCCUAGGGCUCCUGCAGUCGCAUCCAGUUCACCAUGGUCACAUUAGCCACAAACUGUCCUUCUUAAUCCGCUUGGGUUAGCUCCGCUACCUGCUGCAACUGUAAUCAACAUUCGAUUCCACUAUGCUCUGGCCUCCUUUCCCACAGUUUGUUUGUUCUGUCCUUGACAAUCAUGAAUCUUUUUUCCCCUUCUUUUCUUUUUUUUUUCUCAAGAGUUUGUUUAUUUGAGGAAAAGACUCAACCUGCUAGAGAGGGAGUCGAGAGAGGCAAGCUGUUGACAGGGAACAUAAUUUAACUUCACGGGGCGAGCGCCUUUCAAUUUAGUGCUGAAUUACAGGACCUGGAGCCUGAUUGUUUGGGUUUAGCACUAAAAGACUGAUGAAUAUGUCCUCUGAUUGAUGGCUGAAGCCGGCUGACAGAAAAUCAAGCCGUGAUUGUCAAGCUGAGAAAAGCCCCAGUUUGCCGUUCAUACAGUUCAAAUCAGUAUUAGGGAUUAAGCCUGACGAAGAGUGGUUAAGCCUGACGAAAUAACAUUUAUUGGCUAAAUGUAAACCUACCCAGUUCAAAUCUCCCUGAUAAGUCUCCCUGGGUCAGAAAGUUAAGAAGGGAAAAACCUCUCUAAGGGGAAAUGUCCUCAUUGUGAUCUCACGUUACUCCCUGUACAUAUAUUUCACAUUACUCCAUGUAUAUACAGUAUGUAAUAGCUGCAGUUGAUAGUGUCCUAAACAUUACAAACCAGUAUGAGAAAUAGUAUUCAUGAAGCUGCCAUAGCUUAUCAAUGUCUCCACCAUCUUUUUUCUUCGUUUCUGUAAGUAGCCGUUUUGCUCAGGAUUUCAAAAAGCAUUGGGCUUAAACUUAACCCUGGUGUCCAGUGGUUGUACAGUACAGUAUUAUAUCUGUGGUGGUGCCCUGAACUUUCACCUCUAACCUCUAACCCCUGACCCCUGUAUUGUCUCUCUGUCUUCCCAGGAGCACAGGCACCCCGUCGCCCCUGUCUCUGAGUCCCUCCCCGGUCAGUUCGGUGAGCAGCAGUACGGGCCCUGGCCUUGCAGGCUCCGGUGCCUCUGGUGCCUCCGGUGCCUCCGGCAACGUGGCCAUCCCCCAGCGCAUCCAUCACAUGGCUGCUAGCCACGUCAACAUCACCAACAACAUCCUCCGCAGCUACGAGCACUGGGACACGGCCGAGAAGCUCGCCACAGAGAGCCAAGGUCCUAGAGACUGGACACAACACAACACAGAUUCUCUCUGUUUUAGAACAGGAUGUUUGGAUUGGAGCUGUAGUAUUAGCAGCAAUGGCAGAUUAUGUAUAGUAGUAGCAUAAAUUGUACUGUUGUAAUCGUAGCGGAUGUAUCAGUAAUAGUUUCAUACAACAGUGAUCUCACUUUUGAUAUGCUAUCCUAUAUUUUUCUUAAUUACAUGCAUCUCCAUUCAUGUUCAACCUUUUUUCAUUGUACACAGUCAUUAUAAAUGACUUAUUAUUCCUACCUGUUAGGAACCAAGGCCAGUCAGAUCCUUUUAUCACCCUCAGAAUGGUCUCAAUAUGGACUAAUGUAUUCUGCAUUCUUUUGUAUUAGAUGUGGAGAAUAGAUGAGCCCUUUACAUUUACUGUCAUUAGUGAGUGAAUGUAGAGAGAGAGAGACCACCGGACAUGUUGAGGACACCCCCUCUGACUGUGUGCAUGGAGGGUUUGAUGUGUCGUGUCUCUGUCAUUUCCCAUCCAUUAUCUGAGCCUAGCUGAUUAAAGGGGCAUGUUAUGUGGCUGUGUGAGGCGAGAGCUCUCUCUCGCAGCCUCAGAAGUACCCCAUUAGAAGUUGAUCUGACCCUCUCCUCCUCUCUGUCGACACUCAUAAUGGGCUCAAUUAGAGUCUGUUGGAUGUUGUCUUUGGUGGAAAUGAGACAGGAAUUGGCCAGUUAUGACACCAUAAGGCCUAGGUGGGCCUUUCAGCACAUACUGAUCACCAGAGCUGUUACUUUUAGGAUUGAGCCAUUCCAGCACUCAUUCACUCACUGUUUAUUCGGAGAAAGAGAGGAAUGGACAACAGACUGCAUAAAUGUGACCCUUUAUUAUGCUAUUACACUUGUCAGUCUUUGUCUUACACACACACACACACACACACUCUCACUUUCACUCACCCUCUCCCCUUCCUUUCCUUCCACAGAGUUCUUUCAGGAUCUGGACUCAAUGAUGGAACCGUUGAGCCAACACAGCAGCAUGACAGGACUGGUGCGCUACAUACGCCAAGGACUGCACUGGCUACGGAUAGAGGCCCACAUGUUAUAGUGCUGCUGGAACUGGAACUGAACUGUCUGCCACUGUCUGUCUGUCUGUCUCACAGCUCCAUCACUACCUCUACCAGCCAGCAUCACCCAGCAACCCCCAGUCUCCAGGCAUCUGACUCCAGCCCCAGGGGCCCCCACCACACUCUGCCAGCCAGCAAGCCCCACUCUGUCAACUCUCUGUGGUCAGAGGUCAUCAUGAUGAGGUCAUCAUCAGCUCUACUGCACAGUCUGUCUCUCUGCUCCCUCAAUACAAAGUUGACAUUUCCGUUGGAUGUGGAAAGAAAAUUGUGAAAUCCAAACCUCAAAGUGAAUGAAAGGACAGUCCCACCUAAGACCUGUGGAUUGUCUCCAAAGCAUGCCAAUAUAAGAGAAGGAUCUCUGUGGUGCAGUAUGGUGGUUGUUUUGGUUGUUUUCUGCCCGACCGAGCCUGUGAUUUCCCUGUUGUUGUUUUGAUCUGACCACCACUAAGGGCCUCUCAGAACACCUGGAGUAUUGUUCACAUUUCACACCUCCAUUCCAACAGGCAGAUGUCUCAUGAAGUUAUAAGUGCUAUCAACUCUUUUCAUUGUUUUGUUUUUUGUCGAUGCCUUGAUGAACUGGCCGACAGAAGCCAGUUGGAUAAGUCUCUCUCUACUACUAUCUGAUAGUGGUGUUUAUUUAUGGUCCAUCAGACCUCAGUCUCACAUCAGAUAAUAAAUAGAGCAACAGUUAGCCAAUGCCUACCAUAAGUCCCAGUGGAACAACAAAUCAUUUGAAAUAAUUCCAUUACUUGUUGCACAUUGGAAAUGAACAACAAAUAAUCAAAUUCAAUCUGCCACCUCAAGCAAUUCCUCUAGUUGUGGGGGGAUUUGCAUAAUAAUGUAGUCUACUACAGCAGAUCUGAUAACAACUGAUCGGGAUCGUGUCUUUUAGCCCUAGAGUUUGGUGGUGUUUUUUUUUUUUUUUUUGGUUGAUGUCAUUUUUGUACCUUCAGUAAUAAGAUAAUAAGAGGCUGGAUUUAUUCCAAAGCAGCACUGAUUUUCCAUGGGUCUAAGGGAACAGGAAAUACACAAAGUGAUGCAUCACCUGAGACUGUGUUUAAAUGAAUAUGAAUCAUGCAAUCACUGUUACAGCACCACCACAAACAGUAUACGCCACAAUUAGUCCAGUAAUGCUACAGAGGACCUUUACAUUAUCUUUUCAAUGUCUUCAAUAACUGCUGUGUUGUAUAUCGCAACUCUUUUGAAAUUCAAUGUUGGUUCAGUUGUGCAUGUCCACAGAGAGGUGUAGAGUUUUAAAGCAUAAUCCAUAGUAACACUUCUUAUGUGUUCUGUGCAUAGUUGUACAUUUGAUCAUCCGUAUAUUUAAACUUGGCUUGAUGGACAUACUGUAUGCCAUCUAAAUGAGAUACAGGCAGUUUUCCUAAGGAGGAAGUAUUAUGGUUGGUUUGUUGUUGUUUGUUUUUAUUUGGAUGUGAUGUGAGAGAAUGAACUGAAACUAAGUGUGUGUGUUGCACUGUGCAGAGAUGAUUUGGGGAUGGAUUCUCUAUUGCUGGGUGUCUGUGCCUCUCUCUCUUUCUAUAGCACCGUCCAUACAAUGUGUUUCAGUAGACCAUAUCUCCAUGGCAAUGUGUGAAAUAUGAUUUUCACUAUGAUAAAACAAAGUGCCUCCGUAUCCAGUGAAAAUUAUUAAGAGUCUAUAUUGAAGAACAAGAAUGAAUCUAAAUGAUUUUUCCAUACCAUAUUGGUAUAUUAGAUUUUUUCAUAAAACCACAAUUUAUUAAUGUACUUUUUACUGGCAAGUAUGAUACCAAGUUUGGCUUUAAAAUUGCAAAUGUGUGACUUACAUGUAUCAAAUUUCUAACUCAGUUACUGUUUAGAGGAUGGUGAACGGGAUAUUCAGAAACGCUUAAACAUGUAAAUGCUUAAUGUGACUUACUAGAAUCAGUAGAUGAACACUCCAACCCAUUUACAGCAAUAGCUGGAUGAUAGCGCUAAUUGUGUUAAUUAUCUUGUUACUAAGAACAAGAGCAGAAUCAAAAGACAAAUGCACUUAAUUCAUGUUCAGUGUUUCUGGCAUUUAGAACGGUGACCCAUAUAAAAUGUUUGGAGUUUUUAUCACUUGAUCUUAGGCCAAAUUAAGCGUUUUGGAAUGUCCCAAGAAAAGACUGAACAAAUUAUAGAUAAAACAACAUGUUGAACUGGAUUGAAAAAUCACUUGAUGUUGAUCCAUUAACUGUCUUAUUUAGAUUUCAUGUCAUUCAGUGUUGUUUUAUGGAACAGUGUUUGUAGCCUACAUGCUAUUGUAACCUCACAAACAGUGCUCAUUUAAGUCAAAAUAUAUUUUAAAGCUGUAGGAAGCCACAUCAUAUGGUAAUAGCAAUAUUUACACCAGUCUUAAUGUAACUAAAUGAAUUGAGAAAUAUGAAAGUGAACCUAACCACUUAAACUUUAUUUGUACUGUAUCUGAAGUGCAUUUUUCAUUUUGCCUUUUGCAACAACAACUUGUGAUAAUAAUCUCAUAGCUAUCAGUCAAUGUUGAGUUGAGGGAAAUGAAGCGUGUGCAUAAUUUUUUUAUGCAAAUGAUCACAUUUUCUCCUCCAGUCCAAAUUAGCCAACUGUCUUUGCCCCUAUGAGGGAAGCAGUUUGUACACUUCCAGUGGCUUUUCCCAGCUGUUCCUAUUCACGCUAGAGACAGGCCAUUCUGUCAGGGAAAUCUGUGGCCCUUUGGCAGCUAGUCAACAGCACCAAGCAGCACUAGCAACUCGUUCUCGCGAGCGUCGCUCUCGUAGAUAGAGAGAGAGAGAGAGAGCUGAGAGAGAGAGGAUGAGAGCGAGGAGAGAAGAGAGCGAGAGAGUCGAGAGCUAGAUCGAGAUGAGAGAGAGAGGAGAGAGAGCUAUAGCCUCUCUGUCUCGCUAUAUAGCUCUCUAUGCCUCGUCUCUAGCUCUCUCUCCUCUCCUCCUUCUCUCUCUCUCUCUCUGCUAUCGCUCUCUCUCUCGCUCUCUCUCUCUCUCUCCUCUCUCUCUCUCUCUCUCGUCUCUCUCAUCCAUUUCAUCUGAUAUAAAACAACCAGCUCCAUACUCAGCCCCAGUCUGGCACCGACGAGGAGCAGCUAAUGUCUUGCAUUCAUUCCACAAUGAGGAAAGGCUGAAUCAAAUUGGCUUAUACCCACCAGGGAGAACACAAUCAGUUUUUGUUUAAAAUGUAUGGUUUUAUGUCUAAAACAAGGAAAUUAUGAAACGUUGAAUGAGGUGCCGUCUGGACUGGCAGUGUUACCAAGCCAAUGUAUGGUGUGACCUAGUCCUCUGUUUGGUAAAACCAGGUGAUGAUAAUAACAUAUCAGGAAGGAAUUACUACUCAUUAAAUGAGUCCCUAAUUGGCUUGAUUUUAUAUUGCUGCUACAAAUGUUGAUAUUUCAUAGAUAGAUUUAUGAAUACAGGAAUUUUCAUUUUAAAAUGAAUACUUCUAGAGAAUUGUAUUGAGAAUAGCCUACAAAUCUUUGACGCAUUGCAGAGUAAACAAACAUAUGUAAACUAUCCUAGCUAGAGUAGGUACAGUAUGAAGUGCAGCUCACCUUCUGCGUCUUCUCAGUUCAAAGCCUGAACAGUAUUUAUUACAAUCAGGCACUACUUAAGAGCAGAAUCAAUAAGAGUUGUGCCCUCAUGCAGUGUUAAUGUUCAAAGGAUGUUAUCCUAGGUUCACUGUAAUUAGCUCCAAUGCAAACAAAUCAAGCUCAUCUAAGGCAGAGACAAGGAGGGAUGUCGGCAUGGCGGGAGUCAAAACCAACCAUUUCUGCUAUCAAACUCAUCAUUAUUAUUAUUAUUAUCAUACACCUAGAAGAAAUCUGACAGACUAUCAACACAAUAUUAUUGUGUUACAAAUUGUUGUAUAUUUAUCAUGUUCUUAAUCAUAAUUUAUUCUAUUUCUUUUUUUUUAAACCUGCUUUUUUGUCUGGAGUGAGUGAGGACAACACAAAGCCUUAUAGCUUGGCUGAAGUCUGUCAUUUUGGUGUUUUUCUUAUCUCUUGUUCCAUUGUUCAGGAACAAUUAUCUCCAAUUAAAGGAAAAUUCCACCCAAAACGUUCUAUUGGUAUUUGUUUUGUCAGCAAUCAAGUUUUUAAGAUAUAUAACCUUCAAAAUACAUAAAUACAGCCGGUAUAAUGCAUUUUGCAUAAUUUGAUGCAAAACACAUCAUCAUAUGAUGCAAAAUGUUUUUGGAUGGAGUUUUCCUUUAACAUUGUCCCAGCUGGAAGCAUUCUGAUCGCUCUGCAAAUGAAGCACUGUAAAUAACACUUAGUUAACACAAAGUACCACACCAUGUUAGUCAAUUAACGACUAUGUGACUCAAUGUUGAUUCAUAUUCAGUGAAUAUUGUGUCAUAUUUAAUAUGACUGAUACAACUUGGACUGGGUUUCCAUAACAUAUGAACAUACCUAUUAGCAGAAUAAUUUGGUAUAAUUGGUUUGUAGUCUAAAUGGCUUGUGUCUGUGACUGCAAACCAUUGCCAAUCACUUGGUGUCACUAACAAUAGUGCAUGUUGACCUUCGGUUCACCAGAAGUGGUGGUUAUGCAAAUUGAAGUCAACAGUUGGUAUAUGUAGCUUUCUUUAAACUAUGUCAGACCCUUUCUUCAGCUUGUUGGUGUCUUAAAGCAGUAGCAGACAUGCGUUAGGGAAAAUGAAGAACAGUUAUCCAUAGAUCCCCUUGCUGUUUAUAACUGUACAGAAUGAUGAGGUGCUUUAUGGUUUAUGUCCUCCGGUGUAAAGGAUUGUACCAUAUGGAAUAUAUAUUACUUAUUUUGACUGCCCAAAGCUGACAACAAUGCAUUGGAAAUCCAUUGCCUUGACAUGAGUGUAUUGCAGACCAGUGACAUCUUACCACCCCUUAACCUAUGAUCUUUUUGUAGUCUGUCCUGUGUGACCUUGGCGUUUCAGUCAUUCCAAUGUCACCUGGAGUGGCAUUUCUCUGUAUCCUCCUCCACUUCAUUUUGUAAAAGAAAGACAACAAGAUUAUAUAAACUAAUGUACAGUUUCAGUCAACAACAGAAAAAAGGCAUUUACUUAUCAUGGCUGUGCUUCCUACUUGAUUAAAUAGAUGAACUACAAUUUACAGCCAUUUAUUUACCAAAUGGGAUACACAUUUGAUGGAAAAAUCAUGUGCUUUUGAUACAAUUGUAUUUCUGAAAGUAUUAUUAAAACUCUGUAACGUUAUGAUGUUGCAGAUGGACAAAUUUAUUGUGAAAAGUAGAGCGAUUUCCCAAAGAUCAGUUCCCUAUGUUCAAGCCUUAGAGAUAAAACUGCUCAAUGACUUUAACCAACAUGUUUUUCAGACAUGGAACAAUCACUGUCAGUUCUGGCAACAUUUCAGUCAGAUCCAUUUUAACUCUGAAAUGCAGCAUUGUUACAUUAAUAUAAAUCUUUCACAGUGUUCCAAAAGCAAUUAAUUUUCAAAACAGUUAGCAAUGCUGAUAGCCAUAAAUUAGCCCAAUGACAUACUGUUCCUCAAGGCUCAAGCUUUAUAUAAAUACUUAAAUGCUACCUAUUCCCUAAACGAUGUACGAUGUUGGUCAGACAUCAGGGAAGAACAGGGUUACCAUUCCAAGUAAAUAGCCUUUUCUCUCACUGACGUUUUGUCGACAGUUUAAAGAUGGACAAUGUUGUAAACAGAAAAUGCAAAGACAGAAGUUGUCUUAGUUCAGGCAUGCUUUAGUUUUUAGUUUGUUAAUUUUUGUACAGAGCAGGGUAACUGUUAUGCUAUGGAUUUAUUAACGUAUAGUUGUAAGGAUUCAUUAAAAAUGCGUUAUGUAUCAAAGAAACUUCCUGCCUGGUUAGCUUUGUAUUUCAAAUGUGUUGCACAAGUUCUGCCAUUUUUUAUUAUUAUUUUUGCCUAUUGUAUGGUUAUUUUAUAAUAAAAUUGUUUUAUGUAAUGAUCAAACAUUUAAAUGAUAGUUAUGUUGUUUUUAAAUGUUUAAUGUCUGUAAAAAAUGGAAUAAAAAUGGUAUGAACCGGUGAAAUUGUUCCUCUCCUGUUAUCUCAUUUCCAAUCACCGUUCUGUUUAUGCCAUUAUAAAGUGUCUGAUUAAUUGAAUCGGGGAAUGCACAUUACAUCAGAGUUGCCUUGAGUAAAAUCACGUUUAGUUGGCAUCUCGUUUUAACGAUUGCAUCCCUUCAUUUAAUGACUUGUGAGAAUACCAUUAGUCUCCUUAGAAUUGUAAUAUUACAAUAAAAAUGUAAUAAACAGCUAGCUAUGUAUUUAGGAUUGACCAUUUGUUCCCCAAACUAAUGUCAGUACAGUAAAUGAUAUAUUUUGAACAACAAACUUUAUAUAAUCUGUUUUAUUAUCAAGGCCAUCAUUUCUGAGGGGAAACACACAGUCAGCUGAGAUUUGAGAUAGUACAGCAACAGUCCUGUCACACUAGUCUACUGACUGCCAUCACAACAUUAAGACAACAUUAACCCUUUCUCUCCACAGUAAACACCAUCAUCAGAUUCCCACAACAGACACAGGGAUUAGAGAAACAGGACAGGAAUAUGAUUAGAGGAGAGGUGAACUCAACUCACACAUUCACAGGGGGACAUUACAUUGUAUCUGUAUCUCCCAUGUGAUCAGCAGCAUUCCACUGGUUCUCAUCUGAAUUAGCCUGUGGUGGGGGGUUACUGGUCCUCAUAACAGUGCAUUCUUUAUGGAACUAAUAGCUUCUUCUAAUUUAUUCAUCACAGGAACAAUGUGCAUGCUCCAGCAUGCCAUAUUAAUUUACGAGUAUCCUUAUGCAUUGGAAGGCAGGGGCUUCUUUAAAGUGUUUUAAAAUGCCAAAUAUAAGUAUUUUUGUGUGGAGACAGGAAUCCCACCUGCUAAAUAAUUUCCCAAAUGAGGAGUCAAAAAGGCUUUUAUUUACUGACUCUAAGCAUUUACUUUGGCUGUGGCAUUGAGCCAGCCUGCUGACAGUUAAGAUGUAUUGAUUUAAUUGCCUAAGGUAACCAUGCAAUAAAAUCAUCUCAAAGAUACAUUUUCAUGGCAUUGCGCACCAUCAAGGUACUUUUUCAUCUGCUACAGCUAUAUAUCUGCAGGUUACCAUUGCAAAUUCACAAGUCAAAGCAUCUCAUUAAUCUGGUGACUCAAAUCAUUUGUGAAUUGGAUUCUGUGAUUUAUUUUCUCUGCGGGAAACUCAGGAGGAACUAGCUACAUGUUAAAUGACAGGUUGCAUGUCUAAGUAGACUGCUUAAUACAAAUUCAUGCCAAGCCAACUAAAUAAGGGUCUGUUUUUCCAAGGAAAAUGUAUGGGCCAUGCUACAGGCCACACACACCAUUAUAAGCACUGGCAUUAAUCCGAAGGAACAGUUUUUUCUCUCUCCCACACUUCUCCCUCACAUUGAAAAUGGCACACUCAAACUAAUAAAUAUAUUGCUCUCCCUUUUCAAAAUAACCUUUUGGGUAACCCGUUUUCAAACAGAAUAUAUUUCCACUUACACCACUUACACUAACUGACAAUAUAUUUUAAAAGUGGUCAUUUAAAAAUAUUGCUUUCCUCAAUCUCUUCAUUUGUUAAAAUGCAGGGAUGAGAGAUUUCCUAUUCACAUUUGUUUACAGCGCAGCAGUACUGACUUGAGUAUGUUUAGCACUUAAUUGAAUGAUUCUUGAUUAAACUCUGUGCCUGGUGAGAACAGCACAUCACAUUGCACUGCUCUGUAAUUGGCUUGCUUGUAAGAUUCCACCUGCUUUAGAUGCACAGACGGCUCCAUUUCAUUUAUUACAUCUUGGUUUCACAUGCAGUUCAUAGCCAGGCAAUCAGUCUGAUUGCUAAGGCAUUCUCUAUCCACGUGGCUUUGUCUUUGUCUAAAAGAGCUCGUUUGUACAGUAUCUCUCCCAAAAGAUCAAGUUAUAUCCACAUUAGGCUUGCUUUGCCACUCAUGUGGGAAGAGACUAUAACCAUGUAAAUACGGUGCAUUCGUAAAGAAUUCAGACCGCUUGACUUUUUCCACAUUUUGUUACGUUAUAGCCUUAUUCUAAAAUUGAUUAAAUACAAAUUUUUCCUCAUCAAUCUACACACAAUACCCCAUAAUGACAAAGUGAAAACAGGUUUUUAGACAUUUUUGCAAAUGUAUAUAUAAACAAAUAUAUAUAUACCUUAUUUACAUUGCUAUGAGACUCGAAAUUGAGCUCAGGUGCAUCCUGUUUCCAUUGAUCAUCCUUGAGAUGUUUCUACAACUUGAUUGGAGUCCACAUGUGGCAAAUUCAAUUGAUUGGACAUGAUUUAGAAAUGCACACACCUGUCUAUAAAAGGUCCCACAGUUGACAGUGCAUGUCAAUGCAAAAACCAAGCCAUGAGGUCGAAGGAAUUGUAUAUAGAGCUCCGAGACGGGAUUGUGUCGAGGCACAGAUCUGGGGAAGGGUACCAAGGAAUUUCUGCAGCAUUGAAGGUACACAAGAACACAGUGGCCUCCAUCACUCUUAAAUAGAAGAAGUUUGGAACCACCAAGACUCUUCCUAGAGCUGGCCACCCGGCCAAACUGAGCAAUCGGGGGAUAAGGGCCUUGGUCAGGGAGGUGACCAAGAACCCGAUGGUCACUCUGACAGAGCUCCAGAAUUUCUCUGUGGAGAUGGGAAAACCUUCCAGAAGGACAACCAUCCCUGCAGCACUCCACCAAUCAGGCCUUUAUGGUAGAGUGGCCAGACGGAAGCCACUCCUCAGUAAAAGGCACAUGAAGGCCCACUUGGAGUUUCCCAAAAGGCACCUAAAGACUCUCUGAUCAUUAGAAACAAGAUUCUCUGGUCUGAUGAAACCAAGAUUGAACUAUUUGGCCUGAAUACCAAGCGUCACGUCUGGAGGGAACCUGGCACCAUCCCUACGGUGAAGCAUGGUGGUGGCAGCAUCAUGCUGUGGGGAUGUUUUUCAGCGGCAGGGACUGGGAAACUAGUCAGGAUUGAAGGAAAGAUGAACAGAGCAAAGUACAGAGAGAUCCUGCUCCAGAGUGCUCAGGACCUCAGACUGGGGUGAAGGUUCACCUUCCAACUGGACAAUGACCCUAAGCACACAGCCAAGACAACGCAGGAGUGGCUCAAGUCUCUGAAUGUCCUUGAGUGGCCCAGCCGGAGCCUUGAACCCGAUCGAACAUCUCUGGAGAGACCUGAAAAUAGCUGUGCAGCGCCGCUCCUCAUCCAACCUGACAGAGCUUGAGAGGAUCUGCAGAGAAGAAUGGGAGAAACUCCCCAAAUACAGGCGGGCCAAGCUUGUAGCGUCAUACCCAAGAAGACUCAAGGCUGUAAUCGCUGGCUAAGGUGCUUCAACAAAGUACUGAGUAAAGAGUCUGAAUACUUAUGUAAAUAUGUUAUUAUUUUUAUUUAUUUUUAUAAAUUUGCAACAAUUUCUAAAAACCUGUUUUUGCUUUGUCAUUAUGGGGUAUUGUGUGUAGUUUGAUGAGGGGAAAAAACUAUUUCAUCAAUUUUAGAAUAAGGCUGUAACGUAACAAAAUGUGGAAACAGUCAAUGGGUCUGAAUACUUUCCGAAAGCACUGUAAGUGUAUAAAUCUAGACGACAAGUCUCUCAUCCCAACUCCACCAUUCACCAUUAAGCUCAAACUGUCAUUCACCUGCUCAGUCAUGUGAAAUAAGUCAUUAAGAAAUCAUGUAAUGUUGAUAGAUGACUCAGUAAGCAUUUAUCUGACAGAUUAUUCCUCUGCCUCUAUGACGAUCUUCUACUGAAAGGUUUUUUUGAUUUAACAUUUCCUUCACAUUAUUUGGUUUUACAUGCAGAUCAGACUAAUUAAUCCAAUUUUUUUCUUGCUUCUCAAGACAUGGGGAAUGAUGGUUUACCAAAAUGAUUCCUCCCCGCUGGGCAAAAACUGGUUGAAUCAACGUUGUUUCCACGUCAUUUCAACCACAGAAAUAUAUCUGAUGACGUUGAAUCAACGUGGAAAAUGGAAUGGAUUUGCAAAAAGUAAUCAACGUAAGGGCAUUUGUUGUUGAUUUCAUGUUGAAUUCACAUUGACAACUCAACCAAAUGUAAAUCAAAACUAGAAGCUGAACUGACAUCUGUGCCCAGUGGGUCGUUCCUUACUCUGCCUUCAUGGGAUUACCGGGGGUUUGGUAACAGAGACCUGUUAUUCUGAUAGACACAUUCAUGAGGUUGGCUCCCUCUGACACUCAGCACAUGUGGCCUCUGGCCCAGCUUCAUUUGACAGUUGGUCAUGGUCCAGAGAAAAUGUAAUAUUCAGCGUUGGUUAGAUAGAAAGUUCUGGAAAUCUCUCUGUUAAUAGAUAUAUAAUUUAUUUUAUUGUGCUGAUGAUAUGCCAUCUAAACAGUUGUGGACAGACUAAUUUUAGGUUGAGGAUUGCCUUCAGUAUAUUGUAUAUUUAGUAGAGAUAUUCUCUGACAUAAAUUUCAUAAACUACUACUAUCCUCAUCAUAAUGACAAGCAGCAGCGAGCAAUUCACAAUUUAUAGAGCCCUGAAAUUGGCUCCGUUAUUCACUUCUGGAUUCCAAUUAUUUUCAUUAAAUGGCCAUUCGAGAAAUAAUUCCCCAAUGCUGGCGUUUGCCCAAUCGGAUUGUGAGUGUUCUCCUGGCUGACGUGUGGAGCAGCCCUGUUGAGGCACAGCUCGUCAGUGCAUGUCAGCAGGAAGUAUUUCCAUGUGGGCCAGUGACAGUGUGUCUGUCUGUCAGGAGCAGCCUCAGUCAUCAUAGAUCAAUGCACCCAGGCAGCCCCACUCUCGGAUGUAGCAAUAGUCUGGCUUUUAUUACGCCUGGCACUUGACAAAGAACAGCUUUCUCCCCCCAAGAAUUCACAGCCGCCUUAUUUGAAAAUAUAUAUUGGGCUUCCCAAGGUUAUAAUAUGAAUGUAUUUUCUCUUUCCCCUGGCAGAUUGGAGGGAAGCUGAUGAUGUAUGAGCCAUCGCCCGUUAUUUAUUUGCCAAACUGUUCCAGAUGUGGAGCCAUCAUUUAUCUGCUGACAAAUCAAACCUGCCGCCUGCCCUCUAAUGUGACCCCGUAGGAGCAAGAAGCAGGCACCAGCAGACCUCCUCACUGAUCCACUCUACACCCACAUGCAGCAGACAGGCUCCUUAAUCCACUCUAGUCUACACCCCCACCGGACUCCAGAUCUGAAGUCUUUAGACAGGUUGAAACAUAAUGUUUCACAAUCCCACUGUCUUAAUUUCAAUAUGGUCUUUUUCUUGUCGUGGUUGUAUAUAGAGAGUUGGUGACCAGUACACUGACCAGGUGAAUCCAGGUCAAAGCUAUGAUCCCUUAUUGAUGUCACUUGUUAAGUCCACUUCAAUCAGUGUAGAUGAAGGGGAGGAGACAGGUUAAAUAACUAUUUUUAAGCCUUGAGACAAUUGAGCAAUGGAUUGUGUAUGUGUGCCAUUCAGAGGGUGAAUAGGCAAGACAAAAUAUUUAAGUGCCUUUGAACGGGGUAUGGUAGUAGGUGCCUGGUGCACUGGUUUGUGUCAAGAACUCCAACGCUGCUGGGUUUUUCACGCUCAACAGUUUCCUGUGUGUAUCAAAAAUGGUCCACCACCCAAAGGACAUCCAGCCAACUUGACACAACUGUGGGAAGCAUUUGAGUCAACAUGGGCCAGCAUCCCUGUGGAAUGCUUUCGACACCUUGUAGAGUCCAUGCCCAGGCGAAUUGAAGCUGUUCUGAGGGCAAAAGGAGGUGGUGCAAGUGCAAGUCAAUAUUAGGAAGGUGUUCCUAAUGUUUGGUAUACUUACUGUAUAUUCCGAUAUGCAUAUCUUUGUAAGACAAAUAUUUGUACAUUAAAAUGUACGGCAAAAAAAUAUUGUAACAAGGCAACAGUAAAUCAUGGAUUGGUGCUGAGACUGGAAACAGGAACCGGGAACUGAGGCUGGUGCAGGUGUCAGGUUGUGAUCUGGGUUUUUAGAGGAGAGGAAGAACAACUUGAGGAGCAAGCUAACGCACAAGGAAGCCCUAGACGCAGGGGUCAGUGAUGGCUAUCAUUAAGACUGCAGACAGUGUACACACUUAACCUGUAAUUAAAGAACACAACAUAACACAUUAACUGGCAUGACAAUCCGUCUUACGGGAGGCCAAAAAGCACUAAAACAAAGCCACUCCCAAACUAGCCUCCUAGACUUCUAAUAGGCUGCUGCCGCUACAAUAUAUUUGUUGUCAAAAUGCAUUUCUAUUGUACUUGACACAUACUUAAAGCAUACCAAAAGGACACAUACUAAAAGCAUACCAAAAGCACUAACAUGUAUUUAAAUUACUACAAAAAUUAUACAUUAUCGGUCAUGUAGUAACUCAAUGUCUUUCAUGUGCAAAUGACAAAUAAACAAACACACUUGACAAGAGCAUUGCAACCAACGUCCAAUGGGCAGAACUUAACAUGUACUGGGUCAAUCCAUGAAAUUAGUUAUUUUUGCGUCCCUUUGACGUGUUAACUAGAAAUGAUGCACCAAUAUUGAAUUUUAAAACCUGUUACAUGAAAUGAAGUGCCCUUUAAUAUAGACCACACGGAGAAUUCAAUAAAUCAGAUUUUCAAUAUGAAUAAAGACUUGCUAAAGUGCCAAGAUUCACCAUUUUGACAUGUCCCUCCAUGCAGCCUUUGUGACUUCUAGGAAGAUGUUAACCCACUAACUCCAAAAAAUACUCAAAGUUUUCACCAUUAUUGUAAAGCCCUAGUUAUUUUGUUGCUUCAAAGUUAUUUCUGAAGAUUAUUAUUUAUUGAAUGUGAUUAUUGUCCCUCAUUUUAAGGUCAACCCUGUAACGUGAACUGAACUCUCAUUUUAAUAUGGUGAAACUGUUCCUUUUUAAAUAUUUAAUAGUCUAAAACCUGUUGGUUCUACUCUUUUUGGCCAUUUUCUGGUGUUUUGUGGUGAAAGACUGAGCUGGUCGAGCAUAACACACAACCCUAUUUCCCAUAGAUAGACAGGCUAGAAAUGUUUUAACAAUUUAAAUUGCUUUCAAUUGCCACUCCCUGUUGCACACAACAAGCUUCCAUUCCCCCUGUCACAAAGGGAAUCAUGGCUGAUUUAAUGUUUAAACCCAUAUUCACUGCAAUGCCUUCUAUUCCCUUCACACUCCGACCCUAUUACAGUUUAUAGAUGGUGAUGAUAAGAGAAGGGGCAAUGACUCUCCCUCUCAUCUAGUGCAGAUGCUCUGGGGCCGGAUUGUGGUCAUUUCAGAGAGCCGCUACGUCUGUGAACUUUGCUCAUAAUCCAUUUGUGAGACAUGACAGGAAUGAAGGUGGGUGGAGAAGGGGCUGCAGCCUAUCAUAGCUUCAGCCGGUUGUAAUCCCUGACCAGGGUCACAGGAAGGCAGAGAGGCACAAAGACCUGCUCCAUUUCCCCACCGGACAGGAGUCAGACACACAAAGACAACCACACUGACCCUCUGUGGUAACACAAGACUUCUGUAAAAAUCCUAACACGCUCUAAUGUGCCAUAAGGCAAUUGGACAAUGAAGUCUGUGGUGAGCUGUAGUGUUGUAAUCAGGAAAUGUUAUGGAAGCUCGACAAUGAGCUCACACUGACUCACUGACUUUCAUUUUGCUGGCCAUUCAAUCUUGUAAAAUAGCGUCUCUUUUAACCCAAAGGAUUUGGAAGGGAAACAUGAAUUUACUGUAGAAUACAGAACAUACAAAGCUAUGUCUGUGAAAUGCCUCCCUAUGAACAGAUGAUGAACAAGAUGUGUUGUAAGAGCAGCUGAGAAGAAUGUCCAGUAUAAGCCAAAAUAACAACAACACCACGUCUUUUUAGAUUAGUUUUAUACCCUGGAAUAAUUUGAAAUGUAUCCAAUGAUCCCAGUGGUCCUCAGAGACUACAAGAACCUCCCUCUAAGAAAAGCUCAAUAGCAUAUGAACACACAGUAGCCAGGGCCAGGCCUGUUGUAGCGGUUAUUCAAUCCAAACAGCCAGCCCUCAGAGUUCAAGAGCUGUUUAUCAGGCUGCCUUUCAUGUUGACAUCGUCUGAUCUAUCACUGCUUUCCAGUGGUGUAAAGUACUCAAGUAAAAGUACUUUAAAGUACUACUUAAGUCGUUUUCUGGGGUAUCUGUACUUUACUUUACUAUUUAUAUUUUUAACAACUUUUACUUUUACUUAACUACAUUCUUAAAGACAAUAAUGUACUUUUUACUCCAUACAUUUUCCCUGACACCCAAAAGUACUUGUUACAUUUUGAAUGCUUAGCAGAACAGGAAAAUAGUCAAAUUCAUACACUUAUCAAGAGAACAUCCCUGGUCAUCUCUACUGCCUCUACUGGCGGACUCACUAAACACAAAUGCUUUGUUUGUAAAUUAUGUCUGAGUGUUGGAGUGUGUGUCACGCCCUGGCUCUGGGGACUCUUAAAUGUUGAGCCAGGGUGUGGAUUUUCUAUGUUUAGUUUUCUAUGUUUUUUGUUCUAGAUCGUUUAGUUCUAUGUUGGCCAGGGUGGUUCCCAAUCAGAAGCAGCUGUAGCUCGUUGUCUCUGAUUGGGGACCAUACUUAGGCAGCCUGUUGGCACCAGUUAGUUUGUGGGAUCUUGAUCCGUAAAGGUUUGGUGUGUGUAACCUCAGGACACGUAUCGUUUCGUUUUGUUGUUUUGUUCGUGUGUUGUGUAUCAAUAAAGAUGUACGCUUAUCACGCUGCGCCUUGGUUCCACGAGUCAUCAGUCAACGUGCGUGACAGUGUGCCCCUGGCUAUCUGUACAUUACAAAUAAUUGCUUAAUUUAAGGAAUUAUAAAUUAUUGAAACUUUUACUUUUGAUACUUAAGUAUAUUUUAGCAAUUACAUUUACCUUUGAAACUGAAGUAUAUUUAAAACCAAAUACUUUUAGACUUUUACUCAAGUAGUAUUUUACUGGGUGACUUUCAUUUUUACUUGAGUCAUUUUCUAUUAAGGUAUCUUUACUUUUACUCAAGUAUGACAAUUGGGUACUUUUUCCACCACUGCUGCUUUCACUGGGCUAUCUGGUUUAGCAGUUUGAGCCGUGCUGAGCGUCAGGGUGCAAGGUUCACCCUCCCAGCCUCCCCAUACGGAAAUAAAUACAUUUCAAUAUAUUUAACGCACAUAAAAUGUAUUUCAAAUACAUGUAGAUACAUUUGCAUAUUUGCUAAAAUGCAUGUAAUGCCUUCAAAUGUAUUCCAGAGAUGUAUGUACAAAAUCCCCCCAAUGAACGCCUUGAGUCUUAUGCUGAUCUGCUAAUUAACAAAGGAACUAUCACACUGUGAUAGAGAUUGUCACCUGGCUUUGACACUUUAACAUAGUUUAUACCUGGUACUAACAUGCAUCCUUUUUCCUGAUCUUGUUCACAUUCUGAUUGUGCCCACAUUUUCAAAAAUAUGUCUACAAAUGGUAUUAACCCUUUGACGCGUACGAUCACAUAUGUGUGAUCAUUGUUGAGUGGUCCCUGCAGCGUACCAUUGCAAAUAUGUAAUUGGAACAGUAGCAACAGAACGUACGAUGCAACAAACGCGUCUAAACAGCAUUGUUGUCUGAAAAGCAUCUAAAUGUUUUGUACUGAUGGGAAAUAAAGGUCAACUUUAUUCCUCAAUUUCACCUUUUAUUGUAAAAGAUAAAUGCGAACUUCAUCAUCCAAACAUCACACGGAACACAUCCACAGCCAAACUCAUUACUUAAACCAGUCUAAAUAACAGGUUUCGCUGACAAAAAAACAAAACAUAAGUUAGCGACCUAACAGCUAUACUUGUUUUCAAAGUACCACAUCUCUGGUGAGCACAAGGGAGAAAAGUAAUAUUGUUUAGAAAAUAGAUGCGUGUCAGCUAAGCUAACAACAGCUACAUUCUUUAUGAUGGCAGCCAUGUUUGUUUAUGUUUGACAUCGAAAACUCCCUAAUCCCAGAAUUCCAUUCACUAUAAGAUGUAAAUUAGCAAAGUCAAAGUCAAAGAUGGCUGCGCCCAUUGCUUGAAAAAUAUUAACUUAGUUUGGCCAAUUUUCAGCAUAUUACAAAUCUUCGAUGUACUUGUUACAGUGUAUACAAGAACCGGAGCACAUGACUUGACAAGUCGUUUACCGUUUUUGCAAAUCACAAAGCAAAUAAAAUGCUAUCACCUCACAGAUCAUCACACCAAAUACAAGCCUACUGCCUAUCCUAACCGUAGCGCGAAAGCUAAACAGGGAUGAAACCAUUUUAGGGGGGUUUGUGGCGGGGUUAUGUAGCACUAUAUUGGAUCAUUACAUUUACAUAUUUUAGUCAUUUAGCAGACGCUCUUAUCCAGAGCGACUUACAGUUAGUGAAUACAUAUAUAUAUUUUUUUUCAUACUGGCCCCCCGUGGGAAUCGAACCCACAACCCUGGCGUUGCAAAUGCCAUGCUCUAUCAACUGAGCUACAUCCCUGCCAGCCAUUCCCUCCCCUACCCUGGACGACGCUGGGCCAAUUGUGCGCCGCCCAUGAGUCUCCCGGUCACGGCCGGCUGCGACAGAGCCUGGAUCACUCCAAUAUGGUAUCCUUCCGCGCAGCAGGAUACAUUCCGAGUAAGAAUUUCAGAUUAGUCCCGUGUACCAGCUCAUUCCAGAGAGGAUUCGCUUGGUAAGAGCUCUAUGUUAGAGUGUAUAAGCGCAGAAGAAUACCAGCAGCUAUUUAAUAGCUUGGAGCAGCUAGCUACUGUAGCUAGCCUCUCCAUCAGGGUACUCUGCUGUCCCCCCACUCGGUUUGGCAUGUGCCACCUCGUUUGGGUUUUGUCCUUGUUUUUAUUACUUGUGACACUGUACCAACCUGGGCGAUACUCGGUUUGGUCUACCAAUAUUGUGGUGCUGAGGAUUUGUCUUAGUUGAUUGUGUGACUUGUCUGUCCACCGGAACCCUCCUGGUUACAGCCUUUAGGUUCGGGGACCGCCUACAAUGUCGGGAGACUGUGUAUGUUUCGCUCCGGCGGGUUUGCACUUCUCGCCUGAGAGUGAGCUAGGUGUCACGAGUUGCACCACGUUUUAUCUCUCACAGGGCGCAGCCAUCUUGCCCAGACUCUUGUGUGUUCCAUGGUGAACGAGCUAUGCAAAGUAGCUAGCUUAACGAGAGGUGACCAUUCCAGGACUAAGCACGGUUAUAAACACACUUUCCCUUAAGUCCUGCCAAUCAGCACCCCCACAUAUAUAGCAAGAGAUAAGCUAUAAACGUGUGUGAGGUAGAAUGCCAAGCAGUUUACACUGUUGGCCUAAUUAUUUUUCCACAAGGAAAAGUUAAAGCCAUUCAUGUCUCAUCUCCUUCAUUCAGAUAGUGUAUGAUACUAAGGCUGAUACUGUAUGUCCCAUUCAAUACUAUCAUAAAGUAUUGCGCAGUGUAUACUAUAAACACAGUAAUAUUAAACUGUUGUCUUCAGUUUCCAGUAUUGAGCUGAGUUUAUGUUAGCCCAACCAUAGUGAGAUUACACUGGUGUUUUUUUCACACAGUUGCUGGGCUGCGAUAGUUUUGUUACACUAUUUUACAGUACAGACAAUAACUAUCAUAGUUUCCCUUGGAAAACUCACAUAUCAGCUCUAUUACACUGAGGGUUUCAGUGUGUAGCUGUAUGUACUAUAGUUCUGUUGCACUACUUUACAGUACAGACAGUAACUAUCCCUUUCUACAGUUUUUUUCACACAGUGUGUAGCUGGGUUUACUAUGGUUUUUUUGUUGCUCUACUUACAGUAGGCUACAUACAGUAACUAUGCUAGUUUCCAGUAACCAUCCUAGUUUCCCUUGGAAACUCACUUUUCUGCUAUUACACUACGCUCUUGGUGUUACUAGUUUUCUGUUGUACUCACAGUUAAGACAGCAACUAUCUUAGUUUCCCCUGGAAACUCACAUCUCAGAUCUAUUACACUGAGGGUUUAAGUAUAUUGCUGGGUUUACUAUAGUUUUGUUACAUUAGUUUACAGUACAGACAGUAACUAUCAUAGUUUCCCUUAGAAACUCACUAAACAGCUAGAUUACACUGCUGGUUUUAUGCAGUGUGUAGCUGGGGUUGCCAUAUUAUUUUGUUAUACUGCAGGGUAUACACUACCCAUCUCUUCUUCCCACAGAAAUAAACUACAAUUUCCAGUAUGGCUUUUCGCUUUGAGAAAUGCGAGGUGUCCCUGACCACAGGCAGCGGACUGCAUCUAAGAAGGGAGGCACUCUGCAGUCAUUCUGAGGUGCUUGCUGCUGGCAUUGGCAGCUUCUCACAGGACCAAAGGCCAAACUGAGAGAGGCAAGUGAAGUCCCCAUGGGUACUGAAUACAGUGAUGGAAGGCUACGAAUUCCAGUUCCGAUGCUGGCCACUCAUAUAGUUCUGGUGCCUCAAAUGUCUCUGGAUCUUCUAGUGUUGACGCCCUGCUUGACUGAAUUUUUCCGAAUGAGUGAAGAUGGAGUGCCAACCUACAUCCAAACCCCUCAUUCUGGCCAGGGGUUCUGUCUGACAGACACGUUAAUCGGCCCCUCUCGCUGUUACGGGUGAACUAAGGGCUUCCACCAGUGUGUUGUGCCCGGCUAGACACUUUUCACAGACGCAGGCAAUACGAAAGCUUUAUCAGUUUUUGUUAACUAUGGUGAGAGAGUUCCUGCAGUGACUGGCCCGCUGGCCUUUGCCUUUUGCUGUGGUGGCACAUUCUACUGGAGAAGUAACUGCCUUACCUGGACGAUUGGAUAGUCUACGCCUUCCAGGGAACAGGCCACAACAGACACGAGGACCCUCUUUAACCACAUUCGAGUUCUGGGCCUCACCUUAACAUUUUUACAUUUACGUCAUUUAGCAGACGCUCUUAUCCAGAGCGACUUACAAAUAGGUGCAUUCACCUUAUAGCCAGUGGGAUAACCACUUUACAAUGUAUGUUUUUUUUUUUUACCGAGGGGGGGGGGGGGGGGGUUGGAGUAAGGGGGGGGGGGGGGGGUUGGGGGUAGAAGGAUUACUUUAUCCUAUCCCAGGUAUUCCUUAAAGAGGUGGGGUUUCAAAUGUCUCCGGAAGGUGGUGAGUGACUCCGCUGUCCUGGCGUCGUGAGGGAGCUUGUUCCACCAUUGGGGUGCCAGGGCAGCGAACAGUUUUGACUGGGCUGAGCGGGAACUAUGCUUCCGCAGAGGUAGGGGAGCCAGCAGGCCAGAGGUGGAUGAACGCAGUGCCCUCGUUUGGGUGUAGGGACUGAUCAGAGCCUGAAGGUACGGAGGUGCCGUUCCCCUCACAGCUCCGUAGGCAAGCACCAUGGUCUUGUAGCAGAUGCGAGCUUCAACUGGAAGCCAGUGGAGUGUGCGGAGGAGCGGGGGUGACGUGAGAGAACUUGGGAAGGUUGAACACCAGACGGGCUGCGGCAUUCUGGAUGAGUUGUAGGGGUUUAAUGGCACAGGCAGGGAGCCCAGCCAACAGCGAGUUGCAGUAAUCCAGACGGGAGAUGACAAGUGCCUGGAUUAGGACCUGUGCCGCUUCCUGUGUAAGGCAGGGUCAUACUCUCCGAAUGUUGUAGAGCAUGAACCUACAGGAUCGGGUCACCGCCUUGAUGUUAGCGGAGAACGACAGGGUGUUGUCCAGGGUCACGCCAAGGCUCUUCGCACUCUGGGAGGAGGACACAACGGAGUUGUCAACCGUGAUGGCGAGAUCAUGGAACAGGCAGUCCUUCCCCGGGAGGAAGAGCAGCUCCGUCUUGCCAAGGUUCAGCUUGAGGUGGUGAUCCGUCAUCCAUACUGAUAUGUCUGCCAGACAUGCAGAGAUGCGAUUCGCCACCUGGUUAUCAGAAGGGGGAAAGGAGAAGAUUAGUUGUGUGUCGUCAGCGUAGCAAUGAUAGGAGAGGCCAUGUGAGGAUAUGACAGAGCCAAGUGACUUGGUGUAAAGCGAGAAUAGGAGAGGGCCUAGAACUGAGCCCUGGGGGACACCAGUGGUGAGAGCACGUGGUGCGGAGACAGCUUCUCGCCACGCCACUUAAACGAGGAGAAGAGUCACCUGACCCCUCACGGAAGGUGAUCUACCUCGGGAUUUCCAUAGACUCGACUCUCAUGAGGUGAGAGUAACAAAAUCCUAUUCUACCUCAACCGUUUCCGGCUCGGACGAGCCAUGUCGGUGUUAGAGUGCCAACAGUUACUCGGCAUACUGACGUUGGCUUCACUGUUGGUUCCACUGGGCAUUCUCCAUUAGGCCACUCCAGCAAUGGUUCAACUCCCACGGCCGGCACCCAAAACAACACAGACACCGUCAACUGUUGGUGAUGAGUACAUGUUUGAGGACCCUAUCGAAGUGUCUAUCCUGCUCCUUCCUAAUAAAGGGGGUGAGCCUGAUCAGAGUCCACCACAGUGAGCUGGUGUGCACUGAAGCCUCUCUAACAGGUUGAGGUGCCGUGUUCAGAGGCAGCAGGCCGUUGGAUCCCCCUAUGGAGUGGUCAACACAUCACUGUGCUGGAGCUCAGUGUGGUUCGCCUAG